CCACCUCCAUUUGACAAGAGUCGACCCGUUUCAAAACGUGAGCUGAUGAGAAGCAGGCGAAAUGGCUGUAGUUUUGGAAACAUCUCUUGGGGAUCUGACGAUAGAUUUGUUUACUGACGAAAGACCAACAUGUUGCAAGAACUUCCUGAAGCUGUGCAAAGUGAAAUACUACAAUUUCUCACUUUUCCAUUCUGUACAGAGAAAUUUAGUUGCACAAACAGGAGACCCUUCAGGAACAGGCCGAGGAGGAGAGUCCGUGAAUGGCUUGCUAUAUGGGGAACAAGCACGGUACUUUGACAUGGAGCUUGUACCCAGGAUGAAGCACAAGAAAGUUGGUACUGUUUCUAUGGUCAACAAUGGAGGAAAUAUGCAUGGUUCUCAGUUUUUCAUAACUCUUGGUGAAAACCUUGAUUACCUGGACGGGAAGCACACCGUGUUUGGGGAGGUGUCGGAAGGACUGGACGUACUGAUGAAGAUCAACGAAGCUUAUUGUGAUGAGGAACACCGACCCUACCAGGAUAUCAGGAUAUACCACACAGUGAUCCUGGAUGAUCCGUACGAUGACCCCUCAGGGUUGAAAGUCCCUGACCGAUCACCAGAACCUACACAGGAACAACUCAAGAGUUUGCGUAUUGGGGCAGACGAGGAAAUUGACGACUUUAAGGGGAUCGACGGCGACAAAAUCAAAGAGAUCAUGGAGCAGAAGGAGGCCGCAGCUAAUGCCCAGCUGCUGGAGGUCAUCGGAGAUCUCCCUGACGCAGACAUCAAACCCCCGGAUAAUGUCCUUUUUAUCUGUAAACUCAACCCAGUCACCUCCGAGGAAGACCUAGAGAUCAUUUUCUCCAGAUUUGGGACAGUAGAGAGCUGUGAAGUGAUAAAGGACCAGAAGACCGGAGAGUCACUACAAUAUGCCUUUGUAGAGUUUGAAAAGGAGGAAGACUGUGAGCGUGCAUACUUCAAGAUGGACAAUGUACUUAUUGACGAUCGCCGCAUACACGUGGACUUCAGUCAGUCUGUGGCAAAGAUCAAAUGGAAGGGCAAAGGCAAAGGAGUGGAGAAGGUAAAGGACCAGGAUGAAGAAAAAGGGCCGGGCUAUGUGCUGAAGGACAGAAGUCGUAAACAAGAUCCUAAGUAUGACCUGUUGUUUGGAGAGGAAGAAGAAGAAGAGGAUACAAGCAGGAAAAGCAAAAAGAAGAAAAAACACAAACACAAAGAAGAACGAAACUACAGUGACGACGAGGACAAUGUAUCGUCAAAAAAACAGAAAAAACACAAGAAACAGCGCCAUGCUAGUAGAUCUCGGUCCAGAAGUCCAGCGGUGAGUAAACAGAGAGCAAACAGAUCGCGGUCCAGAACUCCAACAAAAAGUAAACAAAGAACAUACAGAUCUCCGGACAGAGGAGGAGGAGGAGGAGGAGGAGCAGACAGACAUCGGGAUAGACGUGACAGAUCACCCCAGAGAGACAGACAUCGGGACAGAUCCCCGGACAGAUAUAGAGAGAAACAAUCAGACUCAAGAUACCGAUCUGAUAAACACCGGAGAUGACCUCUAGUGUAAAAGGCUAGAAAUGUUGUUACCGUGGCGAUAGUUCUGCUGCUGCUGUUAUUCCGGGUACUGGACACUCGAUUGAGAAACAGCACUAUAAAGAUAGAGGUUACUGCUUACCAGUAUGUAAUGGGAAAAGAAAACCGUCAAUGGCUUCAGGCCCGAAGUGCCUACCAUUCAGGAAACAGUAACAUGGGAAGUCCGUGUUCAGAUUAAUGUCAUUCAUACUCUGAUUUCUGAAAAAAACUUCGCUCUUAAAUAUAUAAAGGUCAAAUUUCGAUUUCUCAAAAAAUCGUUUUGUUUAAGUCACAUAUUUAAUCUAUGUAUGACAUUGCGUAAAUGUUUUUUUCGUACAUAAAAACAUUUUUGUCCAAUCAUUUUCUUGAGAUUUUCAUGAUCAUUCAUGUUGAUCAAAAUUUACUUCAAAAAUCAUUACAUGUUGCUGAAAAUACAAAAUACUGCCAUGUUUUGUAAUAAAACAAUAUUUUUAUAUGACAUUUGAUCGAUAUGGUUGUUUUCAAAAGCAUAACGUAGUUGGAUCGAAUACUGAAAGUCCAACACCUUUGAUAGGUGUACACUGUCAAACCUUGUUGCAUCAUUGUUAUGACAGAUAUACAACCUGAACAGUAUUGGAUGUUUCCAAGUUCAGGAUUCCGUAGGGUUGUCAAAAACUUUAA